UACAAAUGGCUCAGCUAUACACUAGGGGUUCAUGUUAACCAGGCCAAACAGAUGCUGUAUGAUUAUGUUGAAAGGAAGCGAAAGGAAAAUUCAGGAGCCCAACUGCACGUCACGUAUUUGGUGUCUGGUAGUCUCAUUCAAAAUGGUCAUUCUUGCCACAAGGUUGCAGUAGUGAGAGAAGAUAAAUUAGAAGCAGUGAAGUCCAAGCUAGCUGUGACUGCCAGCAUCCAUGUGUACAGCAUCCAGAAAGCCAUGCUAAAGGACAGUGGGCCUCUGUUCAAUACUGACUAUGACAUCCUUAAAAGCAACUUGCAGAACUGCAGCAAGUUUAGUGCCAUACAAUGUGCAGCUGCAGUCCCUAGAACUCCUGCUGAAUCCUCAUCUUCCAAAAAGGUUGAGCAGUCAAAUCUUCAGGUAUCAAGUGAGGCACAAGCCAAUAAUGAGGUGACCACCAAUGGUCAUGGCCCAUCAGCCUCCAAGCAGGUUUCCCAGCAGCCAAAAGGUAUUAUGGGAAUGUUUGCCUCCAAAGCUGCUUCUAGAACUGAAGAUACCAACAAGGAAACCAAAAUAGAGGCUAAAGAAGUAACAAAUGCAUCUUCAGCAGGCAGCAAAGCACCAGGGAAAGGGAAUGUGAUGAGCAAUUUUUUUGGAAAAGCUGCUAUGAAUAAACUUAAAGUCAAUUUGGAUUCAGAACAAGCAGUAAAAGAAGAAAAAAUAGUGGAGCAACCUCCAGUGUCUGUCACUGAACCAAAGCUGGCAGCUCCUGCAGGCCCGAAGAAAUGUAGCAAAAAAGCAGAGCCUGUUAAGAUGCAGCAGAUGGAAAAAAAAAGGGGGAAGCGAGUAGAGAUAUCUGAUGAUGAGACAAAGGAAACUGAAAACAUGAAGAAAAAGAGGAGAAGAAUCAAACUUCCUGAGUCUGAUAGCAGUGAAGAUGAAGUCUUCCCAGACUCUCCUGAGGCUUAUGAAGCUGAGUCACCGUCCCCACCUCCUCCUUCAUCUCCACUUCCUGAACCAGUGCCGAAGACUGAGCCUGAGCCUCUCCCGGUAAAGAACUCAAGUGGAGAAACCAAAAGAAAACGAAAGCGCGUACUGAAAUCUAAAACCUUUGUAGAUGAGGAAGGCUGUAUAGUGACUGAAAAAGUCUAUGAGAGUGAAUCCUGCACAGAUAGCGAAGAGGAGCUUAAGAUGAAGACAUCCUCUGUACACAGACCCCUUGCCAUGACCGUGAAAAGAGAACCCAAAGAAGAACGAAAGGGCCCCAAGAAAGGGACUUCUGCUAUGGGCAAAGCCAACAGACAAGUGUCCAUUACUGGCUUCUUAAGGAAAUAAACUGCCAUCUCUGGUCGGUCAGAGACUUGGAGUGGUCAAGGGAGAAGACCAAGAGGUAUAGACUUUCUCACUUACUGUGUAAGUUUAUCUUGCUUCUCACCUCACCUGUAUCAAAAGACUGUUCUUCCAUCCUGUGAGGUUUAUAGUAUUUCUAGUUUUUAACCAAAAGGAAGUCACCUGGAAUCAGGAGGCAAAAGAAUAUUUUCAAAUCUGUUACAUCCUAAUGAUGUAAGCAUAGUUUAAGCACAAUCUUUCACCUGUCCAGGAGAAGAAUUCA